AUGUCUGGCUCCCGCAGCUCCUGCGACAGCGACGCCUUCAUCCUCGAAGACUUUGACCGCGACUACGACGGCUACGGCGACGGCGACGGCGAGCUCAACAGCGCACUCAGCGGCCACCAGCGAAGACGUGGGUCAAGAUACAGCUACAGCUACCUGUUGAAUGGCUCGACGGGCUGGUCGUCUCGAAUACUGCGGCUGCUGCCCCCACGAUGGCGCCGGAAAUUUGCCAGGCGACACAGCAAGCCCGCCCCCAGGCUGUCACCGUCAGGCACAUAUAGGACCCUGCGAUGGUUGGUGACGGCCGGUCUCUGUCUGGUAGCCGUGGUAGCGAUAUUUUGGCCGUCCUACACCCACCGGCCGACUCACUACAACGAGCUGAGACGUCUUGCAGUCGGCAGCGAUGCCCCCGGACGAGGCAACCCGCGCAACGAGAAGAUCUUUAUCACUGCGAACAUAUAUGACCCGGACGGCAGUCUGGCACAGAGCCAAUGGAGCACGAGUAUUCUGCAGCUGAUAGAUCUGCUGGGGCCGGGGAAUUCGUAUCUCAGUAUCUAUGAGAAUGACAUGAACGACAAGGCUCGGAAUGCGUUGCAGAGGAUGGCAGAUAAGACUCCGUGUAACCACUCCAUGGUCACGGAGGAGCAUCUCGAUACGGAUGGACUGCUGCACAUCACGCUGCCAGACGGAUCCAGGAGACUUAAACGCAUCUCAUUCCUGGCCGAGGUGCGCAAUCGUGCUCUACGGCCAAUCAGUCAGCCCGGUAUGCCCAGGUUUGACAAGAUCCUCUACGUGAACGACGUCUUCUUUGACCCCAUCGAUGCCCUCCAGUUGCUCCUCUCGACCAACGUGGACGAGAAGAGCGGUGCUACCCAGUACCGGGCUGCCUGUGCAGUCGACUUUAUCAAUCCGUUCAAGUUCUACGAUACCUUUGCCUCGCGUGAUCUGGAAGGGUUCUCUAUGGGACUACCAUUCUUCCCCUGGUUCACCAGCAUAGGAAACGGACAGAGUAGACGAGACGUGCUCAGUCAAAGCGAUGCUGUCCGCGUCCGCAGCUGCUGGGGAGGCAUGGUUGCCUUUGAUGCAAAGUAUUUCCAGCAGCACAGCACAAGCUGGUUCCGUGCUGAGCCAGAUCUCCUCUGGGAAGCAUCCGAGUGUUGUCUUAUACACGCUGAUAUCCAAAACCCGCCCUCUGCUACUGGAGAACCCACCGCUGAUACAGGGAUAUACGUGAACCCGUAUAUCCGUGUUGCCUACUCCCCCUUUACUCUCUCCUGGUUAGGCGUCACCCGGCGGUUCGAGCGGCUCUUUUCCAUACCGCACGACCUCAUCAACCGCCUGGUAGGUAUGCCGUGGCACAACCCUCGCCGGACUGAGAAAUCAGGCGAUCUCAUCGAGGAGCGUGCCUGGGUAGAGGAUGAAAAGGGCGAAGGCGCCUAUCAAACCGUCAACCGCACCGCCGGCACCGGUGGCUUCUGCGGCAACCGGGCGCUCCAGGUCAUGAAGCCGCAUCCUCAACCGGGUGAGAAGACAUGGGAACUCAUCUCCCCGGACUCGUUUUGA